GGCAUGGGGAAAUGUGCCGACGGGCCAGGGCUCCACAGGGUCAGUCCCGGAGACGCAGCCCUCCGCGCCCAGAGCCUCCGUUGGCGGAUCGGCGCUCAGGGUGUGUCGGCCCCUGCGAGCUCUCCGAGGCGCAAGGCGAGAGCCAGAGCCCACACAGGUCGGGACGCCCAGCGCAGGGUGCCUACCAAGCUGCUGCGCGCUCGGGCGCUCGGUUGGGCUGUGAACAGCCACUGGGUGCCAGUGAGCUAAGCUAGCAGAUUGCGGCAGAAAAGCGAAGACAUUAAAUCCCAGGUCCCCCAAAGUACUUUGCGGAAAGGUCAGCCACAAAGCCCAGACCGCACUUUACAGGCAGUGCUGUGGUGAGAAAAUUAGCACAGAACAGAGAAGCAACGAGCCUGGAGUGCAAACUGAAGCAGAGGCCAAGGUGGGCAAGAUUCCCUAAGUACUGGCUGCUGGCUAAGCAACCUUUAAUUCAUCAGCCGUCUCUCCAAGCUUCAAGGGGCAAUCUUCAGUCUUCACUCAGGCACCAGGCAGAGUGCCCCGCUCAGGGGAAACAUGUCCACCAAAUGUUCCAUUGGAUCCUUUGCCUCCAGGACCCACUAAGGUGAGAAUAAGAUCUUUGGCUGGUUGGAACUAGCCCAAGACUAUAAGGCAGCCAUGGAUAUGGCGUAUGACCUACUCAAUGGCACCCAAUCACUGUUCUCCUCUCUAUUUGACUUCAAUGGCUCAGUGGCAGCAGCCAACGGCUCAAACCAGACAGAGCCAUACUAUGAUCUGACCAGCAAUGCAGUCCUCACGUUCAUAUAUUUUGUGGUCUGCAUCAUUGGGUUGUGUGGCAACACGCUUGUCAUUUAUGUCAUCCUCCGCUAUGCCAAGAUGAAGACCAUCACCAACAUCUACAUCCUCAACCUGGCCAUUGCAGAUGAGCUCUUCAUGCUGGGUCUGCCCUUCUUGGCCAUGCAGGUGGCUCUGGUCCACUGGCCCUUUGGCAAGGCCAUCUGCCGGGUGGUCAUGACUGUGGAUGGCAUCAAUCAGUUCACCAGCAUUUUCUGCUUGACUGUCAUGAGCGUUGACCGAUACCUGGCUGUGGUCCACCCCAUCAAGUCGGCCAAGUGGAGGAGACCCCGGACAGCCAAGAUGAUCAACGUGGCUGUGUGGGGAGUCUCUCUGCUGGUCAUCUUGCCUAUCAUGAUAUAUGCGGGGCUCCGGAGCAACCAGUGGGGGAGAAGCAGCUGCACCAUCAACUGGCCAGGUGAAUCCGGGGCAUGGUACACAGGGUUCAUUAUCUACGCCUUCAUCUUGGGGUUCCUGGUGCCCCUCACCAUCAUUUGUCUUUGCUACCUGUUCAUUAUCAUCAAGGUGAAGUCCUCUGGAAUCCGAGUGGGUUCCUCCAAGAGGAAAAAGUCUGAGAAGAAGGUCACCCGGAUGGUGUCCAUAGUGGUGGCUGUCUUCAUUUUCUGCUGGCUCCCUUUCUACAUAUUCAAUGUCUCCUCUGUCUCUGUGGCCAUCAGUCCCACUCCAGCCCUUAAAGGCAUGUUUGACUUUGUUGUGGUCCUCACCUAUGCUAACAGCUGUGCCAACCCCAUCCUGUAUGCCUUCCUGUCUGAUAACUUCAAGAAGAGCUUCCAGAACGUCCUCUGCUUGGUCAAGGUGAGCGGCACUGAUGACGGGGAGCGGAGUGACAGUAAGCAGGACAAAUCCCGACUGAAUGAGACCACAGAGACACAGAGAACCCUCCUCAAUGGAGACCUCCAGACCAGUAUCUGAACUGCCUAAAAAAUAAAUAUAACACCAAGUUCUGCCAACUGGCAACAUGCUCCCUACCCCCACCCACUCCCUUCCUCCCGCCCAUCAUACCUGGCUUCUAGAAUAGGGAAUUGCUCAGCAUGAGUCCAAUUCAGGGAAGAGUGUUUGAAGUCGGCUUGCCUGAGUGAAUGAUUUGUAUUAAAUUGAAAAACUCCCCCUGAAAGUGAACAUUUAAAUGCAGGCAGACAAUUCAAAGUCUGGAAAAGAGGCAAUCCUGCCUCUGAAGUGUCGGAACUCAACAAAGAUAGAAAACUGUACCUGAGUUCGUGUGUUUAAAACCCAGUAUGUAAUCUUGUGUUCUUAUAUUUAUACUUGUAUAUUCCCACCUAGUCCCUGUGCAGUCAUGAUCUACAUUUCCUGUGUUCAAAAACACAAGUAGCAAAUUCAACUGUGUAUCGUGCAGGUGGACAUUUGUUACAAUAUGGUACCCGCAGAAAUGGACUGUCAUGAAGCCAAUAAAGUUUAAGCUUCAGGGAUCUCACUUGCUUGGGCAGUAUGUUUACAUGGCCAUAUGUCUUUAUAAGAAAUUAUAAAAGGAAGGUAUUUUCAUAUUCUUCUUCUUAAAGAGGGCUUCUUAAAUUGUAUAACCUUCCAGUCUCACCAACCCUGCCUCUGCCCCUGGGCAUUUGCUUCAUUCAUUUCAGAUGGGCUACAUCCAGGUAAGAAGGGGAAGAGAGAAGGUAUUUCAGGACCCAGAACAUUGUCAAGUUGCUUUAAUUUUUCUUAGGGAGCCACGGAAAAGAGAGGUGGGGCGGGGAUCAUUAACAUGAAAGGCAAGAGACAGACUAUAUUCUUAUGGGAAAACAAUUUUGUCUACCAUGAAAAUAGAUGAGUAAGAAUGAAGCAAAAUUACAUCUUUUUAAGAAACCAUGAAAUUGUGGAGUUUUUUAUACCAGACAUGGCUUCCUAAUAAAAGAAAAUGGAAAUGCAAUUCAACGGCUCCUCAUAGGAGUUUGUUUUAAGGACUUGAUACAAAGCCAGCCGCUAAGAAAAUCACAGUGCCUCCUAAGGACCCAGGGAUGUUGUUUCCAGCUGGUUGCUGUGCAGCCUUAGAGGGUAAGUGGGUGCGAGGGCUGGAGGCAGCUCCAUGCUCACAGGGACGGCCACAUCACCUUCCUCACGCAUCGAGUACAUCGAGCAUCUGACCAUCGAUGACCAUCUGACUGUGGACUCAGCCAUUCUCAAGCACUGGCACAGACAGGCACGUCGCACAAUCAGUGGCUUUUUGUUGUUGUUGUUGUUGUUGUUGUUGUUGUUCCCUGAAACUGUAGAUGGGCUUGUGUGCAAUUGAUAAGAAAUGGAGCGAUCACCAUUUCCAGGGCAUGAAGAAAUAUACACUCAGGUGUUUGUCAGGACACCACCAGCCCUGGGUUUGUAGGAAAACCUCCCUCUUAGUGUCUCACAUAGAGAUUGUACCCUAUUUAAAGAUUUUACUUAAUUAUUUUUAGAGAGAGAAGAAGGGAGGGAGAAAGAGAGGGAGAGAAAUAUCGAUCGUUUGCCUCUUGUACACACUCCAACCAGGGACCAAACCCACAACCCAGUUGUGCCCUGACCGGGAAUUGAACCAGUGACCUUUCACUUUCGGGGAUGAUUCCUCACCAACUGAGCCACGCCAGUCAGGGUGAUUGUACCCUAUUUAAAAAUGAGCUUUCCUCUUCUAUGCAAGGGCUGUUAGAUGGUGAGGAUGACAAAGAACUGCACCUGUGGCUCAUCGUUAAUGUGCUGCCUUUAUUCCAGCUGCCUGUAUUAUUCAUGCCACCUUCCUCCCAAAAGCACUGGCUGUGGCCUAGAAAAAUAUGCUCAGUAAGGCUUAUGAUAGAUCAAUCCGUGUGAAAAUAAAAAGAGGCACAGCCAUAAGAUGAGACUAUCAGGAAAGUUGUUACACAAAAAUCUACUUGGUAAAAUCCCAUGCUGUUACUCAAGAUAGGCCAGCUUCCAGUUCAGCUCAGCCACGGCGGAGGGACAGUGACUCUGACUCCUCCUCAUUUU